GAAAAAUCAUGUAUCACGAUUCCCAAUUUUAUGAUAUUGUCAGCGACCAGGUUGUCUCAGGAGCAACUAUACUGAAGGAGACCCUUAGCAGUUUAAACAUACCAUUUAAUAUGAUGGACAUUUUCACGCUGACAUGGUUCAAGCGGAACUGGAAAUUCUUGCUUUACUUUAUGCUUCUGAGGAAGCUUUACAAAAUGAUUGCUUUCAGGAAAAUAUGGAAAAGGUUGAGUAUCAGAUCAGCUAUUCGGUCUAAUCCGCAAGAAGUGGAUGCGGGAGACUCUUUACUGUUAAAAGAUGGCACUGACGCGCCUAAGAAUACGCCAAUGAAUUCUGAGAAGACCUCUAUUUUCCGUUGUAUGGAGAGACAACAACCAAGCACGAAUCAGGUUAUUAUGGCGGAUGGAAUGAUUUUAGUUAACCGAAAUGACAGAUACUUAGAGGUAUACGAGCGGCGGAAAGUCUCUAAAGUGGAUAACAUUGAUGAGCAGGUUGAAGCGCUGUUACAACAGUUUCUUCCUGGGAAUCAAAAAAAGCCAUAAAUUUAGGGCAUUUCUUUCAAAUUAAACCAACAUUGUCAUGUGAUUUAUGCUUUUAAAAAAUUAUCAAUGUAUCUUAUUGGUAUGUUUUUGGAUCUCAAAAUCCAUGUUCAAGGAAAUCAGCCCGAUGCGUUUAUUUUUGUGAAGUUUAACAUUUAAACAUGUAGUGCGCCUCUUGGGUAUUUUUUCAUAGAUUUAUGACAAAAAAUGAGAACAACGUUAUUGUUAUCAACAUCUCGUUUUGAUCCUUGAUAUGAUUGCUAGUAUUUAUUAAAAACCCCCUUUGAAGAGAUUUUUCGUUGACACUUUUACGAAUGACCCGACAAUUUGCGAUAAUGAGCUUAAAAGAUAACAUAGCCAGACCUCUAGGGGCUUCUGUGCUAGAGUCUAAGCCUUUACAAGCUCUCAUUUUGACUCAUCUCCUAAGCACGAUAGGUGAAUGUUUUAAAUUUCUACUUGGCUAAUAGAUAUUCCAAUUUGUUUUACUAUUAUAUCGGAUGCAAAAAUGAGGUUGAUAUUAAGGCAAGAUGAAUUUAAACAGUCAAUCUGCAAUCAUAAGCACAUAUUUAUUACACAGCAAUAUCUCGG